CUUACUAGCCUCCUCCCUGGCACAUCCCGUUUAAAUGUGAUUUUGUUUACCGAUACCGUUGGUGAGCUCUUGAUCUUGGUCCUGCCUUGCCAUCUUCAUCUCAGUCUCAGCAGAAGGAAACAUGGCAGCCACAACGGUCGGCGCGCCUUUAGACCAGGGCGUCGGCUAUGGAAUCGUCUUGGGUCUGGGCUUUGGAUUUGCCCUUGGAAUGAUCCUAGUCACAUUCAUCCUCAAGAGGUACAACUCAGAGCUCCAAACGUCCGAAAUGUUCACCACCGCCGGCCGCACGGUAAAGAGUGGAUUGGUCGGGUCCGCCGUCGUGUCCUCGUGGACUUGGGCGGCUACGCUUCUACAGAGCUCCGGCGUCUGCUAUAGAUAUGGCGUCUCCGGUCCGUUCUGGUACGCGUCGGGAGCUACGGUUCAGAUUCUACUGUUCGCGACAUUGGCCAUCGAGUUGAAGCGACGCGCACCCAAUGCGCAUACAUUCCUCGAAGUAAUCAAGGCUCGCUACGGAACAAUUCCCCAUAUCGUCUUUAUGGUUUUCGGCCUCGUGACCAAUAUCCUCGUCAGUCUUAUGCUGGUUGUCGGUGGCUCGGCUACGGUGAACGCUCUUACGGGAAUGCACACUAUCGCAGCUAUAUAUCUUCUUCCUGUUGGUGUCAUAGCAUAUACCCUGGUUGGCGGGUUAAAGGCAACGAUUCUAACGGAUUGGAUUCAUACCUUCAUCCUGCUGAUCAUUAUCAUCAUAUUCUCCUUGACGGCCUACGCUUCCUCCGACAGACUUGGUUCCCCGUCGGCUGUCUACGACCUUCUGGUCGAAGCUGCCCUUAACCAUCCAGUUGAAGGCAACGCUCAGGGAAGCUAUUUGACUAUGCGCUCCAAAGAAGGAGCUAUCUUCUUCGUUAUCAACAUCGUAGGGAACUUCGGUACUGUGUUCCUCGAUAACGGAUACUACAACAAAGCCAUUGCUGCUUCGCCUGUCCAUGCUCUCCCUGGUUAUAUCAUUGGUGGUCUUAGCUGGUUUGCGAUUCCGUGGCUAACCGCUACCACCAUGGGCCUCUCUGCUCUAGCUCUAGAAGAUACACCGGCAUUUCCGACAUAUCCUAACCGUAUGUCAGAAGCCGACGUCUCUGCCGGGCUCGUGCUCCCGUAUGCUGCCGUCGCUCUUCUAGGUAAAGGCGGUGCGGUCGGUACGCUUCUCAUUAUAUUCAUGGCUGUCACAUCAGCUACAUCAUCCGAGCUGAUCGCUGUCUCCUCUAUUUUCACUUAUGAUCUUUACCGUACCUAUUUUAAACCAGACGCCAGCGGGAGACGCCUCAUCUACAUGUCUCAUGUCAUCGUUGUGAUAUAUGCGCUUUUUAUCUCGACGUUUUCCGUUGGGCUCUACUACGCUGGCAUUUCCAUGGGUUACCUCUACCUUAUGAUGGGCUGCAUCAUCUCGUCCGCGGUGAUACCCGCUACAUUAACCCUCGUAUGGAAAGGACAAAACAAAUGGGCCGCGGCGCUAUCGCCAAUCUUCGGUCUCGCAUUUGCUUUGAUCGCAUGGCUUGUCACGGCUCGAAAGGAGUGCGGUGCCUUAGAUGUUACAUGUACGGGAUCUAAUAACCCUAUGCUUGCUGGGAACGUUGUUGCGCUUCUUUCGCCGUUGGUGCUUAUUCCCAUUUUCACUCUCAUUUUUGGAAUGGAUAACUACGACUGGAAGUCAAUGAUGGCCAUUCGCCGGGGUGAUGACCACGAACUUGCUACUGCGGCGGGCGUUGACCUAGAACAGACAGCGGCGGGGCACGUCGAGACGACGAACGAAUUAGUCGAGGAGCAGAUGAAGCUAUCGCGCGCCAGCAAGAUUUCCAAGUGGACAACGGUCGGACUAACGCUCGCGUUCUUGGUACUCUGGCCGUUCCCUAUGUACGGUAGCAGUUAUGUGUUUUCGAAGCCAUUUUUUACAGGCUGGGUCACCGUGGGCAUCAUCUGGAUUUUCUGCUCUCUCGGCGCCGUGGGACUAUUCCCUGUUUUCGAGGGACGGCAAACCCUAGCGAGGACCUUCAAAGCAAUUGCGCUCGACCUGUCGGGCAAGAAACAUGUCAAGGCUAUCCGCGCGGAAAAUGAAGCAACCACCAUUGACGGGAAAGCGGAAUCGGGUACCGAGACGCCGCCGAACGUGAAGGAUUCUGUUAAGACGGAAACAGGCGAAAAAGCCGAGUAAGCGUGGACGGAGUGGGAGCACAUGGUCGUUUUUGGGAACAUAUGAUUGCGUGGGAAGAUACCCUAUAUAUACAUAAUCCAUUGAGAUUAAUCUGGAUCGAAAUUUAUUCAUUUUACCAUUAUUCGAUCCAUAGUCGUCGUACUCCCAUUUAGCUACAUUGUUAGCUUAAGCCCACUCUUACGGAGGUCCUAUAUAGGAGCACCGGAAGCGUAAGGCACAUUUUUGUUCAAUAUCUCAAACGAAGGAUGAGGUGAGGGACAGGUACAUAUGCAUGAAUUGGGUAUUGCAGCAAUGCAUUCUGCCGUGAAGUAACGUCCCUGAGUUGUUUAGUCCUUGUACACCUUGUAUCACUCACGGAUAUUCUUCUAUUCUUCUGCCCACCAAGGACAGGUAGAACAGUCAAAUACCAACGGUGCGCUGAUUUUGGGUCCUACCUAUAGAGAGGCUUUUA